GAUCUGCUGAAGACAGGAAGAGAAAUCUUUACUGAGAUUUUUCCCAUGCCCAGAGUGUCUGGGACUGGGGAGAGCUGAGUGCUGAAACUAAAAUCCUGAUGGAGAAGCAGCGUGGUGAAAUGUUGAUGGGGCUGUUUUUAACCCAUCACCUUGGACUCUGGCUCUGAGGCAGAACUUUCCAUUUCGGGCUCUUCUUGUUUCUCGUAUUCAGGGAUGACUUGUGGUGGGCUUCUAGGGACUUGGAUUUCCAGCCUGGUCUCUCUGUGACUGCCUGAGUAGGUUUUGUGUUUGCCUGAGUAUGUGAUUAGGGCAGAUGAGGAUGUUAGACAACAUCAACAGCAGCAUAUCCCCGUCAGAGUGCAGCAUCACCCACAAGGGAAGAUACAUCUACCUGGAGGCACUGCUGCACGGAGGGGCUCCAUGGGGAUUCACGCUGAAGGGCGGGCUGGAGCACGGACAGCCAUUAAUCAUCUCAAAGAUCGAAGAGGGAGGGAAGGCAGAUUCCCUGCCUUCCAAGCUGCAGGCUGGUGAUGAAGUGGUGAACAUCAACGAGGUGGAGCUGAGCAGCUCCAGGAGAGAGGCCAUCUCCCUGGUGAAAGGCUCCUACAAGAAGCUGAAGCUUGUCGUCCGCAGGGACACCCAUGCAGCGCAGGGAUGCUCAGAGCUCUCUCCCAGCCCGCUGAGCCAGGACUGCGUGAGCACUGACUUCCAGCCCAGCAAAGCCGCGUGGGCAGCAGGAGUCAAGUUACGGCUGAAGAGCAGGUGGAGUGAGACUCCAGGCCGACCUCACUCCUGGCAUUCCACCAAACUCGCCGAGCCCCAACCCGAUCCCAGCAUGAUGCAAAUAUCUCAGGGCACGCUUGGCACCCCUUGGCAUCAGUCCUACCACUCCAGCUCCUCCACCAGCGAUCUGUCUGCGUACGAGCAUGGCUACCUGAGGAGGAGCCCCGACCAGUACAGCUCCCGGGGCAGCAUGGAGAGCCUGGAGCACUCCUCCCCCGCCUACCACCCCUGCCACCUGUCCCCGGCCAAAUCCACCAGCAGCAUCGACCAGCUGUCCCAGCUGCACAGCAAGCGAGACUCGGCCUACAGCUCCUUCUCCACCAACUGCAGCAUCCCCGAGUACGGCGCGGCGCCGGCGGGGCGGGAGCGGCCGUGCAGCCCGGCCCCCCUGCACACCGUGCUGGAGAAGAGCCCGGAGAGCAGCCCCAGCACGAAGGCCAAGCAGGGCUACGCGCAGGCAGCCCAGCCGGGACAGCCCCUGCUGCCCACCGGUGUGUACGCCGUGCCCUCCCCGGAGCCGCACUACGCCCAGGUGCCCCGGCCUUCCGCCAGCAGCACCGGGACGCUUUACCCAGCCCUGGCCAAAGAAAGCGGGUACUCCCCGGCCCUGCCCGCCUCUUACGACAAGGCAGCGGCCGGCAGCACCCUGGGCUCGGAUGAGAAUGGAAACCAAAGCGCUGCAAACAGGUCGGCCGUCUUCUACCAGCCCCUUGCCACCGAGAGGAAGCACGAAGCCAAACUUGUCCAGCAGAAACCUCCCAGCGCAGCAGGCCCGGAGCUCUGCCUGGCUGUGUCGCAAAAGGAGGAGCUGUUACCCCUUUACAAGGCGGCACACGGCCACCAAGACACCACGGGUACCACACAGGCCUCCAAGCCCGUCUUGCAGGGUCCACAACCCCAGCUGAGGGAUGCUAGUGAGAGGAAAACCCAUUACCAGCCCAAAGAGGACUGGACACUUGGAUCCCAGGAGGACAAAAACGGCAACGCACAGGUAAAUGAGAGAGACACUGGUGCUCCCCUCCCGUGGGCUCACAGCAAGGCCAAGCAGUACGGCUUCUCUUCCUUGCAGAACAUCCCAGAGAGCGCCAGGAGGCAAAGCAGCUCUGAGCUAAGGGAGAUGCAACCAAGCGAGGAUUAUUCCAACACCAAACUGUCCUUCCUGAACAGCAGCAGCAGAGAUGAGAAGGAUCACAGGGAACAGGGGCACAGACAGUGGGGCGGUGUGGACCCACAGGCCUUCACGAGGCAGGAGGAGGAGGGCAUGACCGUGGCUCUGUUGCAUGCUGCUGAGCCAAAGUGCAAAGAGCCCCCAUCUCCUCAGCUCCCAAGGAGCUUGGAUUUCGGAAGGAGCCGGCUCAGCUCUAGCAGCACCCAAAGCUUUCCCUACAGCAAACCAGAGGCUGGCAAGCCCCGCUGCUCAGUGCUGGAGAAGGUCAACAAGUUUGAGCAGCGGGAGCAGAGCACUCCCCGGCCCCAGAGCGCCGGCAUUCCCAGCUUUGGGCAGCACUACGGGCCGAGCAGGAUGAGCCAGCCCGCCGGCACAGGGUGCUCCCUGCACAGCCCCGAGGACACGAGGAGCAAGCUGCCCAGUGAGCCUGGCAGGGGCUCCAGCCCGUCCAUCAGGAAUGGGAAGCUGGAAGAGGCCGACUGGCACCCCGUAGAGCUGCAGAUGGUGGCGUCGGUGAAGCAGGCAAGACACAGUGAGUAUUACAGCCCGUGUCCUGAAAAUGAGGUGCAGAUAAGGGCAGCUCAGCUUCCACGGAGCAGAAGCACAUUCCAGCUGGGUGGCGAGCCUGAGAGGGAGAUGCUCUGGAGGGAUAACAUGCAGGAUGCGCACGGGUCGCAGCUGGACACGUCCUUUAACAGGGCCUACAGGAACAGCAUUAAGGAUGCCCAGUCCAGGGUGCUGAGGGCCACCUCGUUCCGGCGGAUCAGCCCCCCGUUCGGGAACGCGCCCAGGAGGGUGCCCCCGAGGCCCGCCUCGGCCCACGUGGGCAUGAGGAGCACGGCGGCGUCCCCGCACACCCCCAAGGAGAGGCACAGCAUCACGCCCACGGAGGGAGGCUUCUCCAGCCUGGACUACGGCAGGACGCAGCACGUGCUGCGCAUCGGGGGCCGCAAGCGGCUGACGGCCGAGCAGAAGAAGCGCUCCUACUCGGAGCCCGAGAAGAUGAACGAGGUGGGCGUCUCGGACGGGGAGCCCUCGCCUUUCUCCUUCCAGAAGAAAAGCAUCCAUUUUAUCUUCCCGGAGAGCACGGUGGCCGACCGGCGCAAGAUCUUCGAGAGGGAGGGCAAAGCCUCCUCCACAGCCAGCCUGUCCAAGCCGGAGCUGAAGCAGCUCCAGCAGAGCGCCCUGGCCGACUACAUCGAGCGCAAGACGGGGCGCCGGCCGUCCUCGCAGGACGUGGGGCUGCUCCGGGAGCGCUCCCACGGCUCCUACCUGCAGCUGGGCGGCCCCGACAGCCAGAGCCUCUCCUCCGCCUCCAGCAUGAACUCCCUGCAGGAGCAGAGCCUCUUCCGCCGCAGGGAGUCCCUGGAGCGGCUCCCCAGGGCGGCACGGGUGUCCUCCACCCUUCCCCCCGGGCUCGUGGACUACCUGGACACGAGCGGGGAUGAGAAGGUGCCGGGGCGCCAGGACAGCCUGCUCACCAGCCGGCCCAAGCCAGAGCGGUGCCGGGAUUACAGAGCCAGGUCGGAUCUCACCAAGGGCACGCAGACAGACCUGCUGGGCGUGCAGGGCCAGCCCCGCUACAGGAAGCAGGAGCAGGUCCUGGGAGCACCCUCCACCGCCAGGAAAUCCGGGAAAUCGGUGUCUGUGGAGGACUUGCUCGAUAGGUACGACAGUCGGGACAGUCGGCCGGUCCCUGUGCACGUGCGCUCCAGGUCCUCUCCCACGGCAGAUAAGAAACACCAGGAGCUGCUGAGGAGGGAGAGCAGUGAAUUCAGCCCCAUGGUGAGGGAUCCCUUCUACGUGGUGAGCGCAGGAGCCAGGUCUUUCAGCAAGAAGGAAAGAAGCUUCUCAGAGAAGAUGGCGCUCACGAGUUGCUAUCCCCGUCCCCUCCGCAGCACAGAGGUUGUCACCGGGCCUGCCACGCUGCUCGAGAAUCACAAGCUCUCUGAACUGUCCAGGCCAGAUAGCAGGACUUCUGCGUUUUUCCCAGCCCCAGCAGAGGCAAGGAGUCAGUAUGCUGAGCAAAAGCAAGGCUUUAAACCCUUGUUCCUUAACCUUACUCCUUCUGGGUCUGGCCACUCUUCCCCUAACACCCCCGCGCAGGCUGCCUCGGGCGUGCAGAGCGCAGGUGACAGCCAGGCUCCGAGGCAGCAGCACGCCAAACGAGAGGCUGUUCCCGCUGAGGGCAGCGGGGGCACUGAGGCACAGCCUCCGGAUGCUGCCCAGGACAGAUCCCCCGAGGCUGCCACGGAGGAGAUGCUGUGGAGGAGGAGAGCGGGGCUGCCGCACAGGUCCCUCCCGCCCAGGGCGGCGUGGGCUCCUCCGGCCAAAGACGGCGGCCACGCCAGGGCCGUGCUGUCCCCUCCGGCCGGGCCCAGGCCCUCGCACAGGUGGCAGUCCCUGCCCACGCAGAGCAGCACUUCCUCCGAGCCGGAGCCUCCCUCUCCGCAGGGCACGGCCCCGCUGCGCAUCUCGGAGUCGGGGCUGCAGCUCACGCCCCCGCCGCCGCCGCAGGACGAGGAGGACGACGAGGUGUUCGUCACGCCUUCCCCAGCGCCCUUCUCCCCGCCGCCGCCGUCCCGUCCUGUCCCCGAGCUGAGCUCUUGCGCUGCUGCCAGCGGCACGCAGGAACUCCCGCCCCCGCCCCCUCCCCAGGAGGGCCGCGGGGCGGCCGGAGACAAAUCCCCCCGGCUCCCAGAGGAGGCCAGCCUGAGCAGCUUCAAAAGCUUUCCCAAAGCCCUGGCCGAGAGGGAGAUAACAGGGCUGGGCAUCAGCGCCAGUGAAAAUAAUUGGCCAACCCCAUUAAAGAGGACUGGCUCUCCAUCUGCUGUGGAUCAGCAGCACCAGUCCCCUGCUUCUUCUGAAGGGCCUCAGAGCACUGACAGACAGCCCAUAACUCAGCCUGAAGGUAACCCCAGAGAGCCAGCAUUGGAAAAUGCCAGCCUGGACUCCGGGAUAACCAGCACAGCACCCCCAGUGAAGGCAAAGAACAAGACCCCAGAGGAUAUCAAGUCAGAGGCUCUAGCAAAAGAAAUUGUCCAUAAAGACAAGUCUCUGGCUGAUAUCCUGGAUCCAGAUUCCAAAAUGAAGACAACCAUGGACUUGAUGGAAGGGAUUUUCCCCGGUGGAAGCAGCGUGCUGAAGGAGAACAACAUGAAGAGGAAGAUGUCGCAGACACAAGCCAGCAGGACGGCAGUGGCGGGUGACACGAGAGAGGAAAAGGAAGCUCCUGUCACCCUUGUCACCUGUCCUGCUUACUACAGCGUUUCAGCACCCAAAGCAGAGCUGCUGAAUAAAAUCAAGGACUUGCCAGAAGAAGUAGGUGAGGAAGAAGAGCUGCUGGACAUCAAUGAGAAAAAGGCUGAGCUCAUCGGGAGCUUGACCCACAAACUGGAAAUCCUGAAGGAAGCCAAGGAGGGCCUGCUCGAAGACAUAAAGAUGAAUAAUGCUCUGGGAGAGGAGGUGGAGCUGUUGAUCAGCACGCUGUGCAAACCCAACGAGUUUGACAAGUACAAGAUGUUCAUCGGCGAUCUGGAUAAGGUGGUGAACCUGCUGCUCUCCCUCUCGGGGCGCCUGGCCCGCGUGGAGAACGUCUUGAGCAGCCUGGGGGACAGCGCCAACAGCGAGGAGCGGAGUUCCCUGAACGAGAAGCGGAAGCUGCUGGCUGGCCAGCACGAGGACGCCCGCGAGCUGAAGGAGAACCUCGACCGUCGGGAGCGGGUGGUCUUGGACAUCCUGGGCAACUACCUCUCGGAGGAGCAGCUCCAGGACUACCAGCACUUUGUGAAGAUGAAGUCUGCGCUCCUCAUAGAGCAGCGAGAGCUGGACGACAAGAUCAAGCUGGGCCAGGAGCAGCUCAAGUGCCUGAUGGAAAGUCUGCCCGCGGGCUUCACGCCCAGGGACGCAGCAGCAGCGGCUGCCCUGGCUGCAGCGCUCGCUACCUCCUCCGGCCUCGGUGGGAAAGCACCUCCAGCAGCCUCCUCCUCACUCUAACCUGGCCCAGGUGGGGCUGGCUACAGCCCUGCCCGAGUCCCCGUGCUCCCAGGACCUGGCAGAUGGUCCUCUUCAAAGACAAUGGACAGAGACAGGUCUAAACCAAGAUUUUAAUGAAGGAAAAAAAAAAAUAUAGCAAUAAUAAAGGUUUUAUUUUCCUUUCCUUCCACCUCUGCUUCCUGGAAACUUAAAUCAAUGUGGAGGGAAAUCUCCUCCUGCCAGGGAUGAGGAAGAAUCUCACAGGAAUUAAACACAUGACAUUUAAUAAAAAACAUGACCUCCUCUCUUCCCUCCCUUUUCUGCCUACCUGACGCCUCAUUAAAUAAUGAAGGAUCUAAGAAUGAAGCCUUAAAAAUAAAACCAACCCAUUUUACUGAACAUUAUUGAUAUUUAUAUUUUUUAAAGAACAAGACAGAAUGUGUAAGUUUUUGUACAUACUCUAAUCAGUUACUUGAUUCUACUUUGUUCUGUAUGUAGAAAAGACAUUUAAUUUUGUAUUUUGUGAAGACCUUAACAAAAAGAGGGAACCCCAAAGAUAGUCGUGCAGUAGCUUGAAACAUCUCAUCGUGGUUUUGUUGCUGUUGUUGUGGUUGUUUUUUAAUAUAAUAAAGGGCUAUCAGAAGCAGCUUCACCCUGUUUCAACACAUGCUGAAGAUGCCAUUAAGUGGCCUUACAAAAGAAAUUUUGGCCAAUUUUUCCUCUUCUGGAUCCUGGAGUCUGGAGUUCAAACAUCUAUGGCAACCUGCAUCUCAGAAGUCCAAGCUAGCAUGAAGCAAGGAAUUCACUGCAGGAAUGUGGGGGAAAUUCUGUCUUUAUUUUGAAUACUCAUAGCUGUGGUCUGUGUUUCUGUUGCAGCCUGAAGGAUUUCCCUGAGGUGUGACAAGGAUCUCUACUGACAUGAGUUAUAGGCCCCUCUUUGAGUAGAGUUUGAGGGAAACAGUGGGGGGAGCUGUUUCAAUCCAAUCAAUAC